AUGACAUAUUCUGAGAGAGAGCCUGAUGAGAACCAGACCAUUUCUGAUGUGUUCAUCCUGGUGGGGUUUUCGUACCUUACCAGACUCCAAAUCCUUCUGUUUCUGGUGUUUCUGGUCACCUACCUGGUCACCCUGGUGGGGAACCUGCUCAUUAUCCUCCUUAUAAAGCUAAACACAUCACUUCAUACCCCCAUGUAUUUCUUCCUGCUGAACCUGUCCUUCUUGGAAAUCUGCUACACCACCAGUGUGGUCCCUCAGCUGCUGGCUCACCUUCUGGUGGAGCAAAAGACCAUCUCCAUUGCGGGCUGCGCUGCUCAGAUGUAUGUCUUCACCAUCCUGGGCCUCACAGAAUGCUGCCUCCUAGCAGCCAUGGCGUAUGACCGCUACAUAGCCAUAUGCAACCCCUUGCACUACAGAACCAUCAUGAGUGGUCGGGUGUGUGCACAGCUCGCAGCUGCUUCAUGGACCAUCGGCAUCUCGAUGGAAGUAGCUCAGACCACGUGGAUCUUCAACCUGCCCUUCUGUGGCUCCAACCGCAUCCACCACUUCUUCUGUGACAUCCCACCGGUGGUGAAGAUGGCAUGCACGGACACAUCCAAAAUCGAAAUUGUGGUCUUGGCUGUGUCGGUGCUGUUCAUCAUGAGCCCUUUCCUGCUGAUAAUCCUGUCCUACAUCUGCAUUAUCUCCACCAUCUUCAAGCUGCCGUCGGCAGAGGGAAGGCGUAAAGCCUUCUCCACCUGCUCCUCCCACCUCAUGGUGGUGACUUUGUUCUAUGGAACGGCCCUUUUCACCUACCUGAGGCCCAAGUCUAUCUCCACCCCAGAGAGUGAUCAAAUGAUUUCCCUCAUGUACACAGUUGUGACCCCAGUGUUGAACCCCAUAAUAUACAGUCUGAGGAACAAAGAGGUGAAGGGAGCCUUUAGAAAAACAAUAGAAAAGAGCAUCUUUUCACACAACCGGAGAAAUCAGAGAAUGAAAGAUAUAGUUAGUUAA